GUUACUUUUCAGUCCCUAUUUGGAACUGCUCUCGCGGCAGUUCAGACCUCGUGCUCGUCCCCCUCGCCUGUCUGUGUGUGGUAUCCGCAGGUCCCGGGCACUUUUUUGGGUGUGUGUGCGUGUGUGUGUGUGUGCGUGUGUGUGUGUUUGGGGUGUGUGUGUGUUGGGGGGUUUUUCGGGCGCGGAGAGAAGAGCCAGGCCGAGGGGAAGGAAGGAAGCCGCAGAGCUCCCCGGUCUCGGGCUGCGCUCUCUCCUGCCUGUGCGCUCCGAGGCGGCGGUGGCGGCGCCGAGCGCUCCUCGCUGGGGACGCGGCGCUCAAGCUGGGAGCAGCGAGGACCCCUUUGCGGAGGCUUCCUGUGCCCGCUGGAGUUAGGAUGCCAGGGCAGCUGAUUUGCACCUACUGAGCCUGGAGUUUCCUCCUCGGCCCUGGGAAGGGCUUGCAGCGGCGGCGGCGGCGGCGGCGGCGGCGGCAGUAGCAGACGGAACAGCAGGCUCUCCUCUCCGAGGGGGGGCGUCUAAGCGCCCGCGCCGGGCUCCCGCCCUCACCCUCCGGCGCUCCUGCGGCCCCCAGCCGCCACCUGGGUGCUAGCCGCCUUCCUCUUCUCCCCGAGCGCCGCCUCUGGGAUCGGACCCGCGCGCCCCGGAUGCUGGGGCUGCCUCGGCGCGCCCCCCUCUCGGCGCGACUCGCCGAGUGAUCCGGAGGGGGUCCGCAGUCGCCCCAGGAGGAGACCCCGGCCUCGGGACCCCGCGCCUGAGCCACCGGGGAGACGACGAUGUCCGCGCUGUCCCCGGCCCUGACGCGCUCCACGCAGCGGGGGGAAGGCGGCCGGCCGCAGACCGCCGAGCCCUAGGCGCACAAAGCCCGCGUCCGCCGCCCGGCCUCGGCGCCCGCCGACGACUUUGCCGCCUGCUCCGCAGCUCUUUGUCUCCACUUGGGGCGGGCGCCCGACUCUGGGAUUUCGCUGCGAGAGCGGGCUGGGGGGGCCGGGGGCGAGCACUCGGUUUCCCGGCCGCCCCCCGCUCGGGCUUGGCUCCCCCCUUCCCCGCACCUCCCCGGCCCGAGCUCUCGGCGCUUCCACGCUCUCGGAAUCACGACCCCUCCCUGCCAUGUAUCCGCAAGGCAGACAUCCGGCUCCCCAUCAACCCGGGCAGCCGGGAUUUAAAUUCACGGUGGCUGAGUCUUGUGACAGGAUCAAAGACGAAUUCCAGUUCCUGCAAGCUCAAUAUCACAGCCUCAAAGUGGAGUACGACAAGUUGGCGAACGAGAAGACCGAGAUGCAGCGCCAUUACGUGAUGUACUAUGAGAUGUCCUAUGGCUUGAACAUCGAAAUGCACAAGCAGACAGAGAUCGCGAAGAGAUUGAACACGAUUUUAGCACAGAUCAUGCCUUUUCUGUCACAAGAGCACCAGCAGCAGGUGGCACAGGCCGUGGAGCGUGCCAAGCAGGUCACCAUGACGGAGCUAAACGCCAUCAUCGGGGUACGUGGACUCCCCAAUCUGCCUCUCACCCAACAGCAGCUCCAGGCCCAGCACCUCUCCCACGCCACGCACGGCCCCCCGGUCCAGCUGCCACCCCACCCGUCAGGCCUCCAGCCUCCAGGGAUCCCCCCGGUGACAGGGAGCAGCUCCGGGCUGCUGGCGCUCGGGGCCCUGGGUGGCCAGGCCCACCUGACGGUGAAGGACGAGAAGAAUCACCAUGAGCUGGACCACAGAGAAAGAGAAUCCAGCACGAAUAACUCGGUGUCGCCCUCGGAAAGCCUCCGGGCCAGUGAGAAGCACCGGGGCUCCGCAGACUACAGCAUGGAAUCCAAGAAGCGGAAAGCAGAGGAGAAGGAUAGUCUGAGCCGAUACGACAGUGACGGGGACAAGAGUGAUGAUCUAGUGGUGGAUGUUUCCAAUGAGGACCCAGCGACGCCGCGGGUCAGCCCGGCACACUCCCCUCCUGAGAAUGGGCUGGACAAGGCCCGAGGCCUGAAGAAGGAUGCCCCCACCAGCCCCGCCUCAGUGGCCUCGUCCAGCAGCACACCCUCCUCCAAGACCAAAGACCUUGGUCAUAAUGACAAAUCCUCUACCCCUGGGCUCAAGUCCAACACGCCUACUCCGAGGAACGAUGCCCCGACUCCAGGCACCAGCACCACCCCAGGGCUCCGGUCGAUGCCGGGCAAACCUCCAGGCAUGGACCCGAUAGGUAUAAUGGCCUCAGCCCUGCGCACUCCAAUCUCCAUCACCAGCUCCUACGCGGCGCCCUUUGCCAUGAUGAGCCACCACGAGAUGAACGGCUCGCUCACCAGCCCCAGCGCCUACGCCGGCCUCCACAACAUCCCACCCCAGAUGAGUGCGGCCGCGGCCGCGGCCGCCGCCGCCUAUGGCCGAUCGCCAAUGGUGAGCUUUGGAGCUGUUGGCUUUGACCCUCACCCUCCCAUGCGGGCCACGGGCCUGCCCUCAAGCCUGGCCUCCAUUCCUGGUGGAAAACCAGCCUACUCUUUCCACGUGAGCGCCGAUGGGCAGAUGCAGCCUGUGCCCUUCCCCCACGACGCCCUGGCGGGCCCCGGCAUCCCACGGCACGCCCGGCAGAUCAACACGCUGAGCCACGGGGAGGUGGUGUGCGCCGUGACCAUCAGCAACCCCACGCGGCACGUCUACACCGGCGGCAAGGGCUGCGUGAAGAUCUGGGACAUCAGCCAGCCGGGCAGCAAGAGCCCCAUCUCCCAGCUGGACUGCCUGAACAGGGACAACUACAUCCGCUCCUGUAAGCUGCUUCCCGACGGGCGCACGCUCAUCGUGGGCGGGGAGGCCAGCACGCUCACCAUCUGGGACCUGGCCUCCCCCACACCCCGCAUCAAGGCCGAGCUGACCUCCUCGGCUCCCGCCUGCUACGCCCUGGCCAUCAGCCCCGAUGCCAAAGUCUGCUUCUCCUGCUGCAGCGACGGGAACAUUGCCGUGUGGGACCUGCACAACCAGACCCUGGUCAGGCAGUUCCAGGGCCACACGGACGGGGCCAGCUGCAUAGACAUCUCCCACGACGGCACCAAGCUGUGGACCGGAGGCCUGGACAACACUGUGCGCUCCUGGGACCUCCGGGAGGGCCGCCAGCUGCAGCAGCACGACUUCACCUCCCAGAUCUUCUCGCUGGGCUACUGCCCCACCGGGGAGUGGCUGGCCGUGGGCAUGGAGAGUAGCAACGUAGAGGUACUGCACCACACCAAGCCCGACAAGUACCAGCUGCACCUGCACGAGAGCUGCGUGCUCUCCCUCAAGUUCGCCUACUGCGGCAAGUGGUUCGUGAGCACUGGGAAGGACAACCUCCUCAACGCCUGGAGGACCCCGUACGGAGCCAGCAUAUUCCAGUCCAAGGAAUCCUCGUCUGUCUUGAGUUGUGACAUUUCGGCGGAUGACAAAUAUAUUGUAACGGGCUCUGGUGACAAGAAGGCCACGGUUUAUGAGGUCAUCUACUAAACAAGGACUCUAACAGGGCUGUCAGACUCUGGGAGAAACGGACUCGGCGGUGACAGGGCGACCCCGCGAGGGGCCCCGAGGCUGGCGGAGGCUGGCGGCGGGCAGCCGAGCGGUUCAGGGCUGCGCUCCGGCAGGCCGAGAGGGCGCGCCCGCCACGGUCUGGACUCCUGGGCACGGGCUCCCGUGUCUCACGGACUCCGAUGGAUGUCCCUCCUCCUCCCCCUCCGCGACCCUGGCAGACGCUACAAAUAGAUUGAUUUGGAGGCUCGGGGCCCCAGCGCCCCAUCCCCCCCCCCCCACCCCACCCCCGCGGACACCCUCGUGAAUCUCCAUCUUUCCUUUCCCUUUCUUUUGCUCGGUCCCCCUGCCCUGGGUCGGGGACACUGGAGCGGACCACGUGUUUAUGCUGGGGGAGGGAGGGACUCUCCUGUUCCCGAUUGUGCAGCGCACAACCUUUGUGAAAAAUGUAAAUAACAGACUCCUCUAUCUUGGACUGGUCAGUGGGGGAGGGGGCCCCUUCCCACCGAAAACGCUAGCCGUGUACUUCGCCUGCUGUAUUUGUAACCCACUCGUGGUGGUGGCUUUUUUUUUUUUUUUUUUAAAGGGACAUCCCCAUUUGGGAAGGGGAGGCCGGGAGGGGGAGCCAAACGGAGAGGGAGUGGAGGGGGUAGAGGAAGGGAGCCGCAGCCGGUGACCAGACUGACCGGAAAGGGCCCCCCCACCCCCCCGCCUGGGCCGAGCGCGCCUCCCCGUGGACUUGGGAGCUGCCCGAGGCCGGCAGGACCCACCGGCGGUGGCCGGGCCGCGCGCGCGCUUGGUGGCAGCCUGGGCCGACAAAGGUCUGAUUCUCUGUGGCCUCCUGCGCUCGCCUCCCUCUCUCUCAGGGGUCCGACUCUUCUUGCUCUGUCUUUCCCUCUUGCCUCGCUCUCUCUCUUUGGUGCACACUUGGUUACGGUGAGGAGAAAUGGAGGUUCAAAAGGACCCCCAUCCCUGGUCCUUGAUCUUCGGACAUGACCUAAAAAGGACAAAAAGCGGAAAGCAUAUGGCAACUCAGCUCAGGGAGCUACCAGAGAAAAAUAGCGACUGAUGUGGGUGCUUUUUUUUUUUUUUUUAUUUGAAUAAAAAGAAUUAGAAUUGACGUCCUUUAUAAAACGCCUUCUCCCCUUUUCCUGCCUCUGACCCCUUCCUCUCUCCCUAGAGGGGCAAAGUGUAAUCCGCCUGCAGGGUUGGGAGUCCGAAGGGAUCGUCUCCCCCAGCCCCACCCUGGGCAGCACAGCAGGGCUGGGGGACCAGGGCUCGGGUGGGGACCCUGAUCCCGACACUGUGGCGACCUCUCGCGGUUGCAGUCUCUCUCUCUUUUGAGCCCCAACAGAUGACAGGUAGCCAAGUGGUCUCCUGCAGGCACCACAUGUUGGUACCAGAAUGUUCUGAGGUAUUAGGAUUUGGGUUUGUCGGUUUGUUUUGGUUUGGUCUUUUUCCUCCCUCCCUUGGUCUUUUUUUUUUUUUUCGUCGUCGUCUCUUAAGGAAAAGGUAAAGGCCGAUGUGAGCCCUGAUGGUGGGCUCUCCGUGGAUGUAGCAUAUGGAAGAUAAUUUUGAUAUUGCAUUUUUAUGGAUUAUUUUAUAAUGUGUGAUUCUGUCUGGUGAGAAGGAAGGAGGGGCUCCAGUGGAAACUUCUGGUCUUCAGUGAUCGUGCUCUGGGCGAGCAGCUCCCCUGACGGCGGGGGGGGGGGGUGUCCCAGGGGCCAUGGAGACUGGUGAGGCCCCCCCUGUACCUUUCUGAGGGUGGGGGAGGGGCCGCCUACAGAAUUUCUCUCUCUUUCUCUGGUUCAUCUGCCGUCUUGUGAAGGCUCCAGCCGCAAGGGAGGGCGGGGGUAGAGAAGGCUGAUUCCCUGAAGAAAAAAAAAGAAAAUGAAAAGUCAUUGUAACGAGCUGUUUUUAUAUUUUUAAAAGUUGCUAUUUAAAGGUU